AGAUUCGUGUGCGGUAAUAAGCCGAGCCGAUCUGAUACUUUAAUUGAUCCUUAAUCUUUGAUACUAUAAGUAUGGGUUGCCUAUGGAACCACUUCCACAUAGUUGCAAUUCCCAUUCCUGAAGGAGAGGAACAGCCCAGGGAGGAAGAAUGCCUUCCAAGACAAGUAUGAAGUUAGCUCUUGCACUGGCACUCGUGCUCUUCGUCUUUGCCGUGGCAGAUGCGACAGAGAUCUGCAAGAUCGACACGGCCGAGCUGGCGGAGUGCCUGCCUGCAGUGACUGGCAAGUCUCCUCCACGGCCAACCAGGAAGUGCUGCGGGAUCGUGCGUAGGGCAGAUAUGCACUGCCUCUGCCAGUACAGGUCCGUCCUACCGGCCAUGGGGAUCCCUCCCGAGAACGCCUUCGCGCUACCCAAGAAGUGCGGCCUGAAAGCCAGACCCAAGUGCCGAGGGCCUCAUUGAUUGGGCUAAGAGCAGAUUGCAAGAGUCCACUGUGCUGUAGUUGGGCUUGCCUCGCAUGUUUCUUUUGCAUUGAUAAUUUGGCUUCCCGAUUAUCAUUAUCCUCGUUUUGGUAAUCCUAUUAGCAUUGUGUGAUUCAAUUCAAUAAACAUUUCGCGCCAGAAGCCCUAUACGUCCA